CGUGUGUUUAUCCACUUUAACUGGGCUUUCUUGUAACAAUGGAAGCUGAGCGUCAAGUUUUCGGGACAACAUCAAAGAUAAUUCCUCUUGCCAUACCCAAGGGAACGGAAAAGUUGUGUGAACUUUGUCAAAGACGAGCGCACCUGCAAUGCGACAAUUGUUGCGUCACCUUUUACUGUGAUGCAGAGCACCAGCAGGCUGAUUGGGUGGGGAUCCAUGAAAAAAUCUGUCAGUUGCUUAUUCCCAUUCGCACCCCAACACUCUUUAGUCUCCAGCGGACUGGCCGCAUUGAAAUACAGCUUAAAAAGUCUAGAGAUAGGCAAGCAGAGCUGAUUGAGAUUUGCAGGUCAGUGGCUCAGAGCAAACUCUCUGAGGGGAAACACCAGGAGGCUUUGCCUGCUGCCCAGUUCUGCCUGUGCUGUUCCAUGGAUGUCCAUGGCCCCAGUACUGUCGAACUGGUCCCCGCCUACCUGCUGCUGGCAGAGGCCAACAUGGGUUUGGGUAAUAUAACCCUGGUGACAGAGCUCCUGUCCCAGGCUGAGUGGGCAGUCUUGAAGAGCCCAGAAUGUGGUCACGCAGUCCACCAUCGGCUGCACAGGAGCCUAGGCCGCCUCCACACAAUGACUGGAAACCUGGAAGCAGCUCUACUUAACUUUGCAAAUGAUAUACACUUUGCCAGUGAGGAGUAUGGUCUGCAUAGCACAGUCACUUGCAAUGGCUACUUUCUCAUGGCUAACGUGUUUGCCAAACAGGGGAAGAUGCCCAUUGCUCGCUCCUUGUACUCUGAGGUGGCAAAUACUUGGCACUGCCAUCUGACCAAACUCCUCAAAACCCACGUCCAAAAUAUCCAAAAUCCUGACAUGUUGUUGGAGCCCUCUUAUGACAAAGCCUGGCAAGUUGAAGCGGACAAGAUGUUCAGAACCAUGGUGGAGUUUGAACAGAAUAACUCCAGGAAAGACUCUGCUCAGAUCGCACUGGUGACCCACUGUCUGGCCAUGCUGUGCUUUCUGGGAGGAGACUUCUUAAAGGCACUGGGAUUUGGCAGCACAGCCCUGCAGGCCAGCCAGCUGAUACCGAACCAUGACCUGACAGAGCCCAUCCAGGGCCUGUUGCAGCUAGUGAAGAGUCUGCAGACAGACCCACAUCCUGGUCCUGACUAGUCAACCUUC